UUUGUAAUUAAUGGUGAAACAUUGUUUUCAAUGUUGACUUGUUUCUUUAGAAACCUAAAUAAUAAUAAUUAUAACAGUCUUACUUGAAUCAGAAAACUGGUUGCAUGUACUCAUAUCAAUUGAAAAUAAUUUUGUUCUAACUAAAGCAUACGGGUAUAUUAUACUGUUAUUUUCAUCAUCGUUAAAACAACGCUUAAACCUCUGUAGAAACCAUCAAAAAUGACGACAUCGUCAUCAUUCUUUUCCUCAUCAUCUUCCUCCUCAUCACUCACAAAGUUACUCACUCUACUAGUGGCGUCAUCAUCUUUCGUCGUCAUCAUCUUGACGACUCCACAGGCAGAGGCGUAUUCUUGCUACCGCUGCGAAAUGAGCCAGUCGCAACUCUGUGGCGAUCCAUUCAACAACAAAAGCACCAGUGCUGUUACUCAUUGCACUGGUGAUGUCUGUAUUAAAGUAAAAAUUGAAAAAAAUGGGGGGACGUUUUUCGAAAGGGACUGUUUUUCCAAGUUCAUAGCCACAGGAUGUCAGAUGACCCAGUAUAACGGAAUGGACGCCUACAUCUGUGCUUGCGCCCUGGACCACUGUAACGGUUCUGCCCGUCUCGGUAUCGGUCUCGAAUCGACACUCCCGAUUCUCGUAAUCGCCGUCGUUGUAUCAGAAAAGUUUACAUGUGCAGGCAGAAUGACGUCAUCAUCGUCACCGUCAUCAAAUGUACUCAUUCUACUUGCUACGUCAUCACUUUUUGUCGUCAUCUUGACCGUGCAACCAGCGAACGCUGUCAAAUGUUAUGAGUGUGAUUCGGAUAAAGUCCCAUAUCUGUGCGCUGAAAUCAUUGUGAAAGGUACAGGCAUUAAAGAAUGCAAUGGUUAUACAUGCGUCAAAUUCGCUAUAACAGAUGGCAAAGAUGAAAAAUCGUACUCUAGGGCUUGUACAAAGAACAAGUCGAAGACCGGCUAUCACAACCAGAGAUUUGACAACAAUACAAAAUUCGUACACGCAUAUGUUUGUCACACCGACCUCUGUAACGAUUCGGUCGGCAUAAGUUCCGGCAUUUCAACUCGAGUUAUUGUCGGUUUAUCGGUAAUUGGCUAUAUCUUUGGGAGAAGAUUGUAA